GUCAUUCACAUACACUGCAACAGGAAAUAGAGUGGGACACAUUUAGAAUGUUUACGUUUAAAACCGUGUAAUGGUCUAAAUAUUGUAGAUUUGUGACAUCACAAAUGGACAGAAAUCCUGACAGCUUGUUUCAAACGCACACUUUUUGAAUACAGGCUGCGUGCGUUUCUCCGUAUAUUGAGCGUUUUGAUAGUUUAACAGUAUUUAUAUAGCACUUAAACCUGCUUUAUAAUAUAAAAGACAUGAAAAUCUCACUUUUUACAAUAUGGGACCUUUAAUACAUUAUUAUAAAAAUGCAGAUUAUAGCUACUUUACGAUUAUAUGAGUGUGUUAGUAGUGAAGCUUUACCUUAACGCAUCUUCAUUUUCAAGAAGGAUGCUGCCCUGCAGACUCCUGCUGGGUCUCCUGAGUCUCCUCUGUCUCGGCAAAGGCCAGGAGGAGAGUGGGGCGGGCGAGUCCUGCGACAACUUCACCGACCUCAACCUGUCCCACUGCUUCAUGGGAACCAGCCUGUACGUCCGGCUGCUGCUCUACACCCGCUCCAACCUCGACUGCGGCCGCGAGCUCAACCACCACCGCCUGUCCUCCCAGCCGCUCUUCAACCUGUUGCGCCCCACCGCCUUCGUCAUCCACGGCUACCGGCCCACCGGAGCGCCCCCCAUCUGGAUAGACCACCUGGUCCACCUGCUGACCGAGCAGGACGACAUGAACGUCAUCGUGGUGGACUGGAACAAGGGGGCGGCCAACCUCAACUACUUCACCGCCGUCUCCUACACCAGGGAGGCGGCUUACAACCUGACCGGCUUCAUCAUGACCAUGCAGGAGGAAGGAGCCUCUCUGAGCUCAGUCCACCUCAUCGGCGUCAGUCUGGGAGCUCACCUGGCUGGAUUUGUGGGAGCAAACCUGAAGGGGAAGAUCGGACGAAUCACAGGUCUGGACCCAGCGGGGCCGAUGUUCACCAGCUCCAUGCCAGAGGAGAGGCUGGACCCCUCAGACGCCAUGUUUGUGGACGUACUUCACACCGACAUGAACUCAUUUGGACUGAGAGGAGCUCACGGUCACAUCGACUUCUAUGCCAACGGUGGCGCCGACCAACCAGGGUGCCCCAAAACCAUCUUCUCAGGUAAAUCUUAUUUUGUGUGUGACCACCAGCGCUCGGUGUUUCUGUACCUGUGCUCUCUGAACCGGACCUGCAGCCUGACGGGUUACCCCUGCUCGUCCUACGGAGAGUUCCUGGAGGGCCGCUGUUUGCAGUGCGAGGCCUUUAAACCCGCAUCCUGCCCCGUGCUCGGUUACGAUGUCAGCCAGUGGAGGGAGACUCUGCUGCGACUGGGACAGACCAAAGUCUUCUUCAGCACCACGGCGACGCUGCCCUACAGGAAGCUGAGCUACAGAGUGGACAUGGUCACCUGGAACCAGUACCUCCGCUGGGGGGUCGUCUACAUCCGGCUGCACAACGGCAGAAACUUCACGGAGGCCCGAAUAGACCAGAAGCUCCUCCGGUUCGAGCAGUACACCUCCACGCGGCUGCUGGCCCAGUUCGAUGACGAUCUGCAGCAGGUCCAGAAGAUCUCGAUGCGCAUCAACACCGGCAACGUGAUCGGCCCUCGUUACAAAAUCAGACUGCUGCGAAUACGCAUCACGCCGCUGGAUCGUCCCGAAAGGCCUUUGAUGUGCCGCUUCGACAUCAUCAUGGAGGAGAACAUGGAGGUGGCGUUUCGACCUUUACCCUGCAACUCUCACCUCUGAUUCCCCGACCAGUCACACUACUACUUCUCUCUUCUUCCAUGGAAACACAUCUAACUCACCCGAACCCGGACGUCCUCUGGGUGCUACAGG